CAAUCAAAGAAAUAAUUCGAAUAUAUAUAGAGAUAUUUGAAUCAUAUAUGGGUAGCUCUUCAGGAAUUGUUUGUCUGAUUGUGAUGUGCAUGGUAGUGAGUGCACCUCAUGCACAAGCAGCCGUAACAUGCAGUAGCGUGGCAAUAUCCUUAACUCCCUGCCUUGAUUAUGUACAAAAUGGUGGGACAAUCCCAACUCUUUGCUGCACCGGAGUUAGAUCCCUAUAUAGAAACGCCGACACUACCGCCAAACGCCAGACAGUUUGCAAUUGUCUUAAAGGAUUCGCCGGCUCCACCUCGUACCCAUUGGCUGCAGGAAUCCCUGGCAAAUGCGGCGCUUCUAUUCCAUACAAGAUCGCCCCUUCCACAGACUGCAACAAGGUCACUUAAGCCAUGAUCGCAGGUACUUGUUCAUAACCUAUGGCGUCGCAUAGUUAUCUAAUUUUCCUAUUAUUAUUUUGGGAAUAAAAGAUGUACUGAUCAAUUAAUUAUCUAGUCUAUAUAUAUAUAUAUAUAUAUAUAUAUAUAGCUACCAGCUUCAUACAUAUAUAUAAUAUUUGAAGUUGCAUGCAUAUAUAUGCUUUUGAUAUGUUAAUGAAUAAUUAGAUUUUCAUUUUAUGCAAU